CCAUAUUGCUCGACCGAUUUCACGCGACACCACAACUUGAAGAGUCAUCUCUUGACGCACAGCCAGGAGAAGCCAUACGUUUGUCAAACAUGUCAAGCACGCUUCCGUCGACUACACGAUUUGAAGAGACAUACCAAGUUACAUACUGGUGAAAGGCCACACAAAUGUGACAAGUGUGGACGGCAGUUCGCUCGUGGUGAUGCACUGGCACGGCAU